GCUCGCCCCGUGGAGGCAAAUUUCCCCCUGUUCAUCAUAUAUACAAGCGGAAGCACGGGGAAGCCGAAGGGCGUUGUCCAUGCGCACGGAUAUCUUGCCGGUGUAAUGAUGACAAUGCAAUGUAGCUUUGAUGUCGUCCCGGGCAGGGACGUGAUUUUCGUACUUGCCUCGUUCGGGUGGAUUACUGGCCAGACUUACAUGCUGGCGGGUAGCCUAGCAAAUCGUCUCACAAGCCUCAUCACCGAGACUAAUCCUGUUUCCCCAUACGUAGCAGGCUUCGCCGCAAUGAUUUAG